AUGCUUGGAGUCUUGUUGCCUAACGAUUCACUCGCUUCGGAUAAAGAUCGUGCAGUUAUGAUGAUUGCCGACAAAAUUCAUACGUUUGCUGUGUAUGGGGAGAUUGUUCAAGGUAAGUCAAAAUGUUAGUUUAACAAGGUUUAGCAAAUUUGGUAUCAAAAAGUAUCACUAGGACAAAAAUAUUGACCUUGAAAGAAGGGGUUGUUUUUAAUAGUUUUGAGGCGUUUUUCAGGUCUCAAAUGGUAUCCCUAAAACUGCAAGCUGCUUUUUCUUUAAAGCCAUGACAAAAUCAAGGCCAAAGAAAGGGUUUUCGGCCAAAUUUAUGCCUUGGUAUAUGUUAUGCUUUAUAUUGACCAAUUUUCAUCAAAGUCUGCGUUUAAUCUAUAAAACAUAAAUUUCAGGUGCCCUCUGUUACGUCGUCAAUGUGAUAUUUUGCCAUCGAUUUAUCCGCGCUUCCCGAUGGCAUAUUAAUUUUCGGGUCUUAUUAGUGGCAACCAAUUUUAUGACCAGUUUAUUGGCAACAGUCCACCCGCUAGUGCAUAUCAUUCCCUUCGACAAAACGCCAUUCGACAAUAAAAAGUACUGGGAAGCGUUUGUUUUGUACUUCUUGCACUUUAUCAUCCACAUUACAAUCGCCUUUGCGCAUGUCAAAUUCUUGGUUCUGGGCUAUGAGAGAUGGGUGGCGUUCAAGGAUCGGUCGUCUUACGAACAAAGAGGAUACGACUUGGCGGUGCGACUAAUUGUAGUGACGGUAAGGGUGAUUUUAAAGGCUUGCUUACACAUAGCAUAGAGAAAAAACAACGUUAAUUCAGCGUGGUUAAAGAUUUUUCCUGGUCAAGAUUUUAUCAAGGUAGCGUUUCGUUACAAAUAGCAUUUCGGAGAAAAUCUUGAGCUAUUUUUUUCUUGCCAAUGGUCUUCAGAUAGGUCAAGCCGCGGAGCUUACUAAGAAAAGGAAACGAUUGUAGUACUGACAUGGAAAAAAUUAGGGGAAAUGUUUUGUAAACGUGCCAAACAAAGGUCAAAUUAAAGAUGGGUUUUCUUAGAAGCUAUUUUGUCCUUUUUGGAGUUUCUGACAUGCACUACUAACUAUUACAGUAGGAGAUCUGAUCCAGGGGCAAAAAAAGUACCAUUUUGCACCCGGAAAGAGUCAAAAUGCUUCCCUCUCCAAAUGAAAAAACCCCGAUUUCAAAAGCGCGCCCGCUCUUUUUGUGAGGGAAAUGACCCGCCUUCAAAACGAAGUUUUUUUUCAUUUGGAGAGGGAAGCAUUUUGCCACAUUUUUGAUUCUUCCCGGAUGCAAAGUGGUACCUUUUUUGCCACUGGAUCAGGUCCCCCACUGUAUUGCAUGUACUAGACUACACGCCUAACAAGGAGAAAAUUAAACGGCUCGGCCCAGGAGCCAUGUCCACCGGUACCAAAGAAGCCACUAUAAAGCCAACGAAUUAAUUUUUACACUUCUUCUUUCAGAUCUCCCUGCUCAUUGGAAUUAUCGUCAUCAAAGCGAUCAUUUUCCUCAACUUUGGAACCGACAAGAGUAUGGAUCAGAAGUUGCUCAAAAUUUUUACCGUUCAUGAGUCCAAGGAGUACUUCGCGGUCUCGUUUUUUCUGACCUUUCUUUCUUCCACUACUGGAAUUGCCGUAAGUUCUUGCACUUUCUCAAGCGAUAUUUUUUAGUAGAUAUUUUUUCCAUGACAUCACCUUGCUAUCUUAACAACAUUCGUAAAACAUGUAUUACUUUCAGGAACUCUGUCUCCUUCAAUUCCAAGCCCCUAAACUAUGCUACAAGGGACAAACUUUGAGUGAGAAUUUCGAAAUCCGACAGACAGCUGCAAUAACCAAACUAAUGAGCCCAAUGUUGACAGGCUAUGCCAUCACGUUAGUCGCAGCGUUCGCAACGAUAUGUGUGUAUCCGGUAUUCCUGCACUUCUAUCCGGACAAUGAAGUGGUCACCGAGGCGGUUUAUCAGACUUGUUGUCAGGUGAGUAGAGUGCAUAGAAACAGUCAACUAUCAAGUCUGUCAAUCAAAUUCAUGCAAAACUUACAGGGGAAGUGCUCCAAGUGCGAUGCUCAGAUUUUCGUAAAAAUAGCAGAUUUUUAAGUCAAAAGUUGGCAAAAAUGAGAAGCGUUUUGGCGAACCUUGGCAUGAAGAGUUUUAUACCUAUUUCUACUGUAGAGAGUAAUGUUUCCACAAAAAAAAAUAUUUUUUCCAUGCGAAACUGACAAAGAUAAGCCCAAAAAGAGGUUUUAAAUAUCUCAAGCCGCACUCCUUUCGAGAACUUUGUCGGCCGCAAAGAUUGUAGAAUAUCUCGGCUGCCCUAAAAAGCACAAGCUAAAAUUUUCAUAAAUUUAUGUGUGGCCUAUGCCCAGCUUGUGCGCAAAAAUUAAAGAAAAUCCGAGAUUCGCACUUUACUUCUCUUGUUAGUAAAAGGUUCCUGUGAUAAAAUAUCAAGGACAUCUUUUAAGAAGCGGGUAAGCACGUCGAUCCAGCGCAUUUCCUGAACCGUUUCGAAACUUCGUAUUGUUUUCUUUGAUUUAAAAGAGAGACGAAAUGUCGCGAAAUUAUCGGCACUUUUUCUCGCCCGAAGUAAUUGCUUUUACUCGAAAAGGAAGAAGAAAGAUAAGAAAAUGCUUAUUACAGGAUAGUGACAUUUUGUUUUGAACGAAUCACCAAAAAGGGGCGGGAAAUUUUUUCUUCUAUUUUGGAUUGACGCGGACCCGGGCUUUUCAAAUCUCCCCAGGCCCGGCCCGAUUGUCACCUCAAAGUACCGCUGAAGACUAUUUUUAUAGCUCGUAAUCCAAUUUAAACCCCCGUUUUUAGUUGAUCCUUUACUCUUAAUAAAAUUUCAAAUAAGCAGCAGGUGAAAAAAUUUGUACUUUAUUUUGACCAGAGAGUUUGAAAGUUUAGGGGGUAAAAACCUAAUUACAAAGAACCGAAUUAAAAAGAAAAACUAAAAAUAUUUGGAAAUUACUGUAAAUGUUAUUUUCUACUCAGGCAUUCUGUAAUCAAGACUGGAAAGCUUAAGAUUAUUUUGCCUUCAGAAAAAAUUGUAGAACAAAAAAAACAAAAAAAAAAGUUGAAAUGACUUGUAAUGACUACAAAUUUUGGUCUUUAUCGUAGCAGUCACCGAUAAGUGUAGUCUUAGCUUCGGGGAACGGACUAAAAAUAUUUUUUGUACAUAUAAGUUUGAAAUUAAAAAAACAUUUUUCUAUGUUUCAAACUACGUUGACCACUUCUGGCUUCGUUUAGUCUUAACAGUCGACCAUCUUAGAAGUUACACUGCGAACAACAAGUCCGACCAGUACUGUGAACAUCCACAUAACGGCUGAACACGCAAUAUUAUACAAUACUUAAAAUAAAUUCUGGAAUUUUCAACAUUGUAAACAAGAGCGAGUACAACAAAAUUUUUAAAGCGUCCUAUAAAAAAAUAUUAAUUUGUUUUUUUUCAGGUCGACUACUUCAUUGUGAGUUGCUAUUCCAUGGCCACCAGCAUCUAUAUCGUCAAAUUGGGGAAGCGGAACCCGAACUCGGUCUUCUUCAAAACCAAUCCCUACGUGCAAGAGAAGGAGGAUCAGAAUGCGCAUUUCGAGGUCCUGUUCGAGACUUGGAAAUAG